AAGGACUUUUACCAGAUGCAGCGUCCUGAUCGCUGUUGCUAAGCGCCUCCGGAAGUAGCCCUGUGUUUACACGUUUCGGUGUGGAGACCUGACGUACACGACCAUCUCAGCUAAGCCAAAAUGCCCCUUUUUGGCAAUACAUUCAGUCCCAAGAAGACACCACCUCGGAAAUCAGCGUCUCUCUCUAACCUUCAUGCAUUGGAUCGUUCUACUAGGGAGAUAGAGUUGGGUCUGGAGUAUGGAGCCCCUGUAUUGAAUAUUGGAGGUCAGAGCUUGAAGUUUGAAGAUGGACAGUGGGUUACAGACUCAGGAGGUAAUACACCAAACAAAGAAGUACAGAAAUUGAAGAAGAGGAAUAUGCAGCUAGAAGAGGAGAAUAAUCUUCUCAAGCUUAAGAUUGAACUUCUCUUAGACAUGCUCACAGAAACCACAGCAGAGUCACAUCUGAUACAGAAAGAAUUAGAAGACAUGAAGAAUCAUUACAAACGGAAGAAGUGAUGAACAGUAUUGGAGAUUAUUUAAUGAGUGUUGGAUCCAAGCUUUUGUUUGUUAU